UUUAUAUGAAAAUGAAUCUUUGUACUGAAGAGGAGAAACGUAUUUUUAAUUUCUUACAACAACAGAAUUGUUGUUUAAGGUGUUGUUUUCGUUUCAUUGGAUGCCGUACAAUAGAUUGUUUUCAAGAUCCUAUUAAAUUUGCCAAAAGUGCUGGAUAUAUUGAGGUAGAGCAUGUUCCAUUUAAUAAUGAAGUUCCUUGCACAGCCUGUUUGGGGAUACUCCAAAAUAAGAUACAAGAACAAGUUGUAGAAAAAAUUCAUGUUGAAGUAGAGAAGCAAAGCUAUGACAGUGAAACAUUUAUAUGUGCACUGACAAUACCCAUAUGCAUCAGCCUUAGAGAACAUUUUUUGCAUAUGCAAUGUGCAACACAAUUUAAUCUUUCAGAAGACAUGUUGCUCUGUCUUAAAGUUAAGCUGCAAAAUGUUAAAGAUGUUUGGAAAUGGAUUACAAUUCCUAAAAUUGAGAACGCUAUAAAAAAACAAGUGGAUUUAACAACACCAUCACCGUUUAUUAUUGAAAUUAUCUUAAAGUAUGAAUACAAUGAGAAAGAAUGUGAAGCAUUAUUAAAUACAUACAAAAAAACAAAUAACAUAGAAUAUAAACAAAAACGAAAGUGCAAUGAUAAUAGAUUCAGUAAAACAAGUAUAGAGAUUUUAAUGACUAAAAUAACAGACGAAGAGUUUUUUAAAUGUUUUAAAACUGUAAUAUUUGAAACCACUGAUAAGAUUUAUGUAGAAAAAAUCAUGUGUACACAUUCUAGUAUUUUUAUAGGAGGUCGGUAUAACAAAUUAUCAAGAGAACUUAGUCAAACACCAUGGUUUAUAAAUGGUGAAAAAAAAAUGCAAACGUCUGUCCAAGAUAUACUGUGUAAUCCUAUUGCUGAAGUAGUCAAAGCUCAAUCUAUAAAAUUUUUAUCAUCUGGAAGAGAAGAUGUGGAUGUUAGGAAUAUAUACUCAGGGAGGCCAUUUGCAGUUGAAUUAAUUAAUCCCCAAAAGUCCAAAAUAACAGAAAAGUUACUGUCAGAUUUAGUUGAUGAAAUUAAUCGAUCCUCGCGACAAGUGCAAAUCACAUCGAAUCUGAAAGUGCUAUCUAGGAUUGAUUUGAAAAAAUUAAAAGAAGGCGAAAAUGUUAAAACAAAAUUUUAUCGUGCAUUUUGUAUUUGUCGUGAUGCGACCAAAGAUAUGAUAUCCCUCGAAGAAUUGAAUAAUUUAAAGCGAGUAAAAAUAACUCAAAAAACUCCAGUCAGAGUAUUACACAGACGACCUUUGAGCCCUAGAGAACGUUUAAUAUAUGAAAUUAGAGCUCGUUGGGCGAAACCUCAAGAAUUGAAAAAAUUCAAUAUUACAAAUAAGGAUGCUAGUGCAUUUUUUGUGUUAGAUAUUAAAACACAAGCUGGAACAUAUGUAAAGGAAUUUGUGCACGGAGAUUUUGGACGAACUAAACCGAGUUUGUGCGACAUUCUUAAUGCUGAAGUCGACAUAGUCGCGUUGGAUGUCACAGGUAUUAAUUUAAAUUGGCCAUAA